UCUCUGAGUCGACGAACAAAAGCUAGAGAGAGGGAAAUGAAAUGCAUUAAUAUGUGAGUUGUGAUGGAGAGAGGCUGGAAGGCUAAUAAUGUUGAGGUUUCACCAAAUUGUCCUAGGUGUGGUUCUUCCAAUACCAAGUUCUGCUACUACAAUAACUACAGUUUAACUCAACCAAGGUACUUUUGCAAAGGUUGCAGAAGGUACUGGACCAGAGGAGGAUCCCUUCGCAACGUGCCUAUUGGUGGUGGUUGCCGCAAAAGUAGAAGGGGUAAAUACAGUAAGACCUCAAGACAAGUCAAUAACUCAGUUGUGCAUUCUGAUGAUUUUGGAAGGGCCUCAUCUUCAGUGGUGUGCGAUGGUCCAAAUAUUGAUCUUGCACAAGUUUAUGCAAGUUUUCUCAAUAAUCAGAAGCCAGAUCAAGAGCAAACAGAUCAUUCCUACCAUUCUCCCGAGUAUUCAACCCUAUUGAACAUUGAUAUUGCUUUGUCUGAAGAACUUGGUCUUAGUGAGUGUCUGCAUUUUCAUGAUCAAUCCACAGAAUCCCAUUUCGGUGAGAGUGUCCAAAUGUACUCGUGCAGGUUCAACUCUAUCCAGAAGCAUCAAGAAUAUAGUAACAGUUAUGAUACUACCACAAAUACAAAUUUUGAGUUGCCACCGUUGCCAGGUGAUGAUAUGCUGUGGUCCGAUUCUGAGAUAAUGGUAGAUCAUGCUUUGCAAGCCACCCAACCACCCCUUUUUGGACCUGAAACUCACGAUGCAGACUUCUUAUUGGCCAAUUGUUGGACCCACUUCGAUUUGCCAAGGGAUGCUUCUUUUUCCACGCCCUGAUAAUAUAUAUGAUUCUUCUUCAAUUUCUGUUUCCUUUGUUUUGCAUGUUAAAUACUCUAGUUUAUGUAUAGGUUGGAUUGGAUCAAAUAUCACUAAUAACUUAAAUAAUUUGAAUAUGUAAACAAAUACAACCUCAA